AAAAUUAGUUUGCCAUCGAAGGUUGGUCAGGUUUUAUUUUACAUGGGAGUUUGCCCGGAAAAGUAGUUCCUUGAAAGUCUGCGAAGGAGUCUAGCAUUGUGAGUUAGGAUCAAAGUUGAAGCCCCUUGUUUAAUUGAAAGUCGGUUCCGUGAUUCUAGUAUCAUAACAAACAUUUUGAACGUUGGUAUGCGCAGUAAGGCCUAAGUCACAUUUCAAGUCGAUGCCAAUAAAUAUGCACGAAUUAUUUUUGAUCCGUUUUGUGUUUUUUUGUAUAGUAUAUCGUGCUUUUCGUUCCCCCAACUGCCAAAAAAGGCCCCUUAGCCAAAAUAUGACGUUAACCGGAGCAAGUCAUCAGUUUACAAUAGUCAACGAGCUAUUCUUUUAGGUAUGAAACUGACACUUAUUUUCAUUAUCCCUGCAGAGUGGAAAGCUUAAUGAACAUGGCAACCACAGAUGUAUCUCAAUCGUCGCCAGAGGAGGAAAGGCGUGGACCACGCGACGGGUCACGGAAUCUCCACAAGUGUAGCGAGUGCGACAAGGAGUUUCGUGAUCACACUCAUCUAAAGAGACACAUGCGGACUCACACUGGCGAAAAGCCUUACGGUUGUGAGGAAUGCGGCAAACUGUUUAGUCAGCUUGGUCAUCUGAAGACUCACGUGCGGACUCACACCGGUGAGAAGCCCUACAGCUGCGAGGAGUGCGGCAAGCAGUUCAGUCAGAUGGGUCAUCUAAAGAUACACAUGCGCACUCACACUGGCGAGAAACCUUACAGAUGUGAUGAGUGCGGAAAGCAGUUCAGUCAGCUUGGUCACUUGAAGGGACACGCGCGGACUCACACUGGUAAGAGUAAGGGGCCCUGCAUGUGUGAGGAGUGCGGCAAGCAGUUCACUAGGCUUGGUGAUCUGAAGAAACACAUGCGGAUCCACACAGGCGAAAAGCCACACCCGUGUGAUGUAUGCAAUAAACGGUUCAGGCAGAAGAUUCAUCUGAAGCGCCACAUGCGGUCUCACGGUGGUGAAAAAAAAACAGAAGAGCGUGGAGUCCAACAUGCAAUCCAGUCAACUAUUAGAACACAUUGAGACUAACAGUGAUGAUGGAUCCUACAAGU